AAGUUGGCCUGUGCUGUCCCCCGUCGCAAAGUCUAAGCACACAUCGCUCGUCGCCUCCGCUGCUCCUCGUCUCCUCUCUCGACCGUUCUCCAAUUGAACGCAAAAAGGAGCUUCCGUUUGUGCCUCUUAAUGUCUUCCAUGGCCAAAGACAAGGAGAAAUCCUUCUUGCUUUUCUCUUCCUCUUUCUCUUAUAGAGAGGUCAAGCCUUCUUCUCUCCUCCGUCGCUUCCGCUUCGUCGUCUUUGUCGUCCUCUGCUACGUCCUGUGGCUUCGCCUCUUGUUCUUCACCUUCCCACCAGAGUCCUCCUCUUCCUCCGAGCGCUCCGUCGCAGGCGGCCACCGCCACUGCCGGCUCAGCCGCUCGCUGGACGCUUGCCACCCCGACAUUGCGCCCUUUUACAUACACAGCAUCCAUCCCCGGUUCAACGCCGCCCUCAUGCAGCGCUGCCUCGCCCGCCCCGCUUCCUGCGACGUGUGCCCCCACGUCGGCCAUCGCGGACUUGGCCGGCCCCUCCUCCGCCUCCCUCUCCGCGCCGACGAUGUGGUGGGCACGUCGUGGUACGCCACCCACCCGCUGGCCGCCGAGAUGCUGUUCCACCAUCGCGCCGAGCGGCACCCCUGCCGCACCACUGACCCCGAGGCGGCGCUCCUGUUCUACGUCCCGUUCUACGCCGGCCUCCAUGCCGCCGCCAACUUCCGGCAGAAGAAUCACACCCGCGGCGACGCCCUCGCGGUCGACCUCGCCGCACACCUCUCCUCCCUCCCCUCCUUCCGCCGCCACGGCGGCCGCGACCACUUCCUCACCCUCGGCCACGCCUCCUGGAACUUCAUGCGCUCCCCGGCCUACCCGGACCUCGGCACCAACCGCCUCCUCCUCCUGCCGGAGGUCGCCAACAUGACGGUCCUCACGGUGGAGCGCCACCCAUGGGAGGGCCACAACCAGUUCGGCAUCCCGUACCCCUCCUACUUCCACCCGCGCACCGCGGCGGAGGUGGCGGAGUGGCAGGCAGAGCUCCGUCGGCUCAGGCGGACGCACCUGUCGGCGUUCGUCGGCGGCCUGCGAUCCGACGAGGACAAGGGCUCGAUUCGGUCCACCAUCAUGAACCAGUGCUGGAAAUCGAGCCGGUGCAUCCCGGUCGAUUGCGAAGCGGCUCGGCACGAGUGUGGCGACCCCGACCGAGUCCUCGACGUGAUGCGCCGGGCCGAUUUCUGCCUGCAGCCGCCCGGCGAGUCGUUCACCCGGCGGUCCACCUUCGACGCGGUCCUCGCGGGGUGCAUCCCAGUGUUCUUCUCAGAGCACGCGGCCUACACGCAGUACGAGUGGUAUUUGCCAGGCCGACCUGAGAACUGGUCGGUUCUGCUCCAACGGGACCGAUGGGACCGGGUGGAGGAAGAAUUGGCCCGGAUCCCGAGAGCCGAGGUGGAGAGGAUGAGGGAGACGGUGAUAGCGCUGAUUCCGAGGAUGACCUACGCCCACCCGGAGGCGAACCGAAGUGAGCUCGGGUUCCAUGACGCGGUCGAUGUUGCGCUGGUUGGCCUCACCAGACGGAUUCGAGCCUCUCUCCGACGAGAGGGUGGUGUGAAAGCUACGUAAGUAUAAUGAUUGAUGGUGUCGAUUCAACAGUCAAAUGGUGGUGAAUGCACGCUCAUCAAUGUGGACCGUUGGUUGCUGCUGAUGGAGGGGCUCGGAGACUUACGAGGAAUCAGGAAGAGUGCAAGUUGGGAUGCCCGCUUCCGUUUUCCACCUACAAUUGAAGAUGGUGUUCCUUCUUAAUAUGAGAAAGAAAACCACUUGAUCGAUUGCUUGUACACAACGAAACAAGAAUUGUUUUCUCAGAUCGAAGGAGAUGACUUGUUCUACAAGAAAAAUAUCAUGAAUUGCU